AUGAAGAUCAAGUGCACCUACGAAGAAUGCCCCAAGCGCUUCGACACUCACCAGGCCAUGAUUCGCCACAAGGAAAGGGAUCCUAACCACUCGUACUGCAAGCGGUGCGACAUCGACUGUCAGGACGACAUGUUCCUCUUCAUUCAUCAGCUUGGAAGCCCGGCCCACAUUUGCUGCCCAAUCUGCGGAUGCGAGUUCAAGAGUUCGGCUGCCAGGGACAAUCAUAUGGAAAUUCAACAUCAUUCCACCCAGAACAUAGAGUGUGCUGGUUGCGGCCAGAAAUGCGGAUCAGCUUCGGAACUAAUGCAACACAUCGAGAGAGAUGAAUGCGAAGUCAUCAAACUUCAGGAUUUCCAGAUGCAGCGAGCCGAACGCCAGAUCCAGAAAGAUGCGUGGGACACCGAGACAGAUCCGUUCGCCAUCAAUUCGCGAACCCGUGAGCAGACGAGUGCAGCCAUCAACGACAACGCUCAGCUUGAUCGCCUGGAUCUGGCGACCUAUGACUCCGGACGAUCACUCAGCAACGCUCUCGGCGGCCCGAUACACGUCGCAUCACACGAGCAAUUCCCAUCACUUGGACAGUCUCAGGUCUCGAAGGCGGUCAAUGCCAGUGCGGCUCUGGAGGGGUACAGCCUUAGGGUCAAGCCCGCAAGUAACCUCAUCGACCUCGACGACCCUCCUAUGAAAGGCAUGUCGAAAUUGCACCUCUCUCAACCGGACCGGGGACUGCAACAAAAAUUCGGUACACAACGCGAGGAAACUACUUCCGGGAUGGUCAAAGGAUGGCUUGAUUCACUCACUACCCAGGCUGAACCGCCGUCCGAUGACUCGAUUGAAGUUGCCUCCAUGUACGACAGAAAGGUGUCGUCUGACAACACUGGACAAAUCCCACCGACUUCACUGGCAAAGCCGAACCCAGAUGCUCCUCACGAGCAUAUCGUCCAUAUGCCUGCUGCCUCAAUGGUGUCCACCGGCAGUCCACUGGAUAUUGAAAAGUAUUGGGACGCCAAUCGCCAAGUGUAUUCGUGUCCCACCAUCAGAUGUAAACGGCAGUUCAGGACCCUGGCUGACUUCAAAGCGCACCUCUUGACCUCGGCACACGUUGGUAGUCAAGUCACUUGUCCCUCGUGCUUGAAGAAGUUUGCAUCCACAUCAGCCUGGGUGGCCCAUACCUCUUCUGCCAGCAAGCGCUGCGACAUCCGCCACAGUGCCAACUUCAAUCAAAUCAUGCGAGAAUUUACCGGUGGACUCUUGGGCACACAAGGGUACAACGACAAUGGCACGGUCAGGUUUGUGGCACCAAAGAUUGAAGAUUGGUAG